GUUGCUUCCUUCUCCGCUUGCGACCGAUCUCCUGGCCUCGAUCCAAAAGAAAAGAAAGGGGAAACGGCAGCGAGAAAGAAACGGCAGCGUGUGCGUGUGGGCUCUUGAUUAGUAUCUCUUUCUUGCGAUUGAUGAGUCGCGCCCGUCCCCCGAGGCCCGUAGUGGCGAACCCGUGAGCCCGUGACGCUCUGCUCCCUGCCUUCUCUGCUGCCCUCCUGCUCCGGCCCUCGAUUCAGUUCAGCUCGGUGGCCUGCCGAUCGCCUUUCGCCCCAGAAUCGCAUUUCUUUUCUUUUUUCCCUCCUCCGGCCGGCCGUCCUCUCCUCUCCUCAAGCCGGGCGUCGGCGGCCUCCAGCUCCAAGCGGUGGUGUCUUUCUAGACAAGAAACAAUUCCUCGGUCUCCACGCUUGCUUUGGACUUUACCCUUUCCUCUGCUGGGUGCUCCCCCCGGUUUUGAGCCGGGUACACACGAGGCGUCCUCUUGUGGUUGCGGGGGUUUGGUGGGGGUUUGGGGGUCUCGCCUUUCCUGGCGGCGCAUCCACGCACCGAUUUCCCCUCCUCCCUCCUCCUGCGAUUGCGGGUCCAGAUUGAUCGAUCCCCGGCCGGAUUUGCUCCGUCACAUCACUCGGGAUCUCCUCCCCUAACCCCUCCUCAUCGGGCCGGAUUUUUUCCCCCUUUCUCUCUAGGGGGCUCCGCCCCGCUCGGAUCGAUGGCGUGCAUCCCGACGGGCAUCCGGCUGCCGGACCUGGACAUGGUCAAGGCGGCGGCGGCGGCGGCCGGAGCGGGGGUGGGGCCGCCGGGCGCGGGGCCGCCGGGCGCGGGGCCGCUGCGGCCGGCGCACUCCUCGGCCUCCUCCGCGCUCUCCGAUGCCUCCAACUCCUCCUCGGCCUCCUCGCUCUCGCUCAAGCGGGCGCGCACGCCGCGGAAGCGCCCCAACCAGACCUACAACGAGGCGGCCGCGCUGCUCGCCUCCAUGUACCCCUCCGUCUUCCCCGCCGCGCCGCCCUCGCCGCGCCUCCUCGGCCUCGCCUCCGCGCUCGCCGACGACCCCUCCCGCGCCGACUUGCUCCCGCCCUUCCCCGUCCUCGGCAACGCCGCCUGCCUCCUCCGCGACGCCGCCGCGCCGCCACCGAUGACGCCGCGGAGCCCCGUCCUCGCCAGGGCCUGCCCGUCCCCGGCGGCCGUCAGCAGCGCCUUCACCGAGUUACGCGACUCGGCGCCGUCCCCCGGGACGCCCGACGGCGCCGGCGCCGACGGGCCUGGGGAGCUCGACUUUGAGGAUGAUGACGACAGCUUCGACGCAGACUCCUUCCUCCUCGGCGGCGUCGACGAGGGCGCCGCUGCCCAGGGGAUCGACGGCAUCAUGGGCAAACUCAGUAUGGAAAGCGGCAGCGAUGCCUCUUCCAUUAACCGCGUGCUCUCCAGCUCCGGCAUAGACCCCUACAUCAGAAACCUCAUGGUGCUCGGACUCGGCUUCCGGCGCUCCCGGUCCAACAUCAAGCAGGCGCUCAAGCGGCACGACGAUGACAGCGAAUGGUGGAUGUGCCCUGCCAUUCCAUUGAAGGACAUUAUGCCGGUGCCUCCCCCAUCGAUGGAACCACCGCCACCGGUGGAGAAGAAGAAGAAGAAGACUAAGAAGAAGGCGCUGAAGGACAUCGCCGCUGGGCCAUGCAUUACAUGUGUUAAGGAGGAAAUUCCUGACCCUGCUUAUGGGGAUGAUGGAAUUUUUGGACUGAAGGCGCCUAAGACAGGAUUGGGCCUGAGCCUCAACACCGAGGAGGUGCUGAAGGCGUGGUAUGACAGAGGCUCCGUGUUCUCUGACGGCAACAUACCUGAUGCGUCAUCCACAGAUGGGCUGGCUAAACUUUCAGAUAUUGAACUGUUUCUAGAGAAUGGUGCUGCUGGUGCUAUCAGGGAAGGCAGCGUACAGAAAUUGAAGCAUAAGCAGAAGCAGUGCACUCCCCUCCUCUCAAAUAAGACUCGGUACCAAGCACGGAAGGUGCACGCCGAGUCUCGCCCUCGGGUCAAGGGGAGGUUUGUCAGCCAGGCGGCUCUUCUGCAGAAAGCCGCGGAGAAAGAGACCUAGGGGAGGACGUUCUUGCUCCCAUGAACAUUUUGUCUUGGGAUUUCAUUUCAUUCCCCCUAGAAGUGAAGCAGAUGAGGGCUUCUUUUCUUUUCUGCACUUAUGUGAUCAUGUAGAGAGGGUAGACAUUGCCUGUAGAGUGGCUUCUUUGUCAGGGGAUAGCUGGCUUCUUUGUCAGGGGAUAGCUGCUGGUUAGUUUCCCAGCUCAGAUGCUGCCGGGGCAAAGAAGGCCGUAAGCCAAAAACAUCGUAACAAUGGUACAGUGCUGUGGCAAUGACCAAAGUGCUUCUGUUACUUUGCUUCCGUCUUAUGCUCUGAACCCUCUGAAGGAAUUGCACCGGGUGCAGGGUGCUCCCAAAUGUUCUGGCACAGCUCUAAAUUUUUGUACAAAAGUGAAUCUGCAAAAUUUGUUGGGACAUUAGGGGAGCAUUUGAUUCGCAAGAUUCCUAAAGCAUGUGAAUAGUAGUAAUAAAGAAAAAGUAGGAUUAGAAUGUCAUCUAUGAAUCCUAGGUCUGGGAAACAUCACCGGAAAAGCAAAGCAAGAUGUAUGAAAAAGUAGGAUUGGAAUGUUAUGUAUGAAUCCUAGGAUUGGAGAACAUCAUAGUAAAAACAAAGCAAGAUGUCUUGAGUUGA